AUGGAUUAUCAGCAUCACAACCACGGCGGCGCCAUGUGUACGUACUACACCGCAUGCACGAGCAGCGCUGCUAACCCUUCAUGCUCCUCCACGGACUCGUUUCCGUCCGACUUGACCGGCGGCGACAUGUACUGCACCGGAUUCAAUGGCGCCGCCGAUCCCUUCUGCUCCUCCUCGGACUCAUUCCCAUCCGACUUGAGCAGCGGCGAGAUUCUCUACCCCGGCUACAUGGGCGCCGGCAACAAUCCAUCCUGCUCCACCUCCUCCUCCUCGGACUCGUUCCCAUCCGACUUGAGCAGCGGCAGCGGCGAGAUGGUCUACGCGGGGGCGGGGCGGGAACCGCGCCGCAAACCGGCGUCGUCGUCCCUCAUCGGCGUGCGCGCGCGGCCGUGGGGCAGGUUCGCGGCGGAGAUCCGCGACUCGACGCGUGGCGGCGCGCGCGUGUGGCUGGGCACGUUCGGCACCGCCGAGGCCGCCGCGAUGGCCUACGACCAGGCCGCGCUGUCCUCGCGCGGGGCCGCCACGGCACUCAACUUCCCCGCGGAGCGCGUCCAGGAGUCGCUCCGCGCGCUCGCGCUCCGCGGCGCGACGCCCACGGUCGGCUCGCCCGUCCUGGCGCUCAAACGGCGGCACUGCAAGAGGAGGCGGCGCAGCAAGGCCGAGAUGAUGACAGCGGCGGCGACAGGCGGAGGGAGGAGAAGGAGCAAGAUUUGCAGCAAUGGCACGACCGGGCAGACGCGGUUCGUCGUGGAGCUGGAGGACCUGGGCGCUGACUACCUGGAGGAGCUUCUCAGGAUCACCGACGACGACCCGCUCCGGCUAGAAGCACCUGCAGCUGAGUUUGUGCAGUAUGGUGGAUUACAGUAUGGUGAAUUGUACAUGUAA